CCAGGAGUCGCAAGCUGCUACGUACGUCAAUUAGACCAGAAAGCCACCAUCCCAUCUCGGAAACUUGAAAGUGCAAAGCAACUUGCAAUUCAACUACAUUACGAUUCCCACGAACACUUUUCACGUACUCCUUUUUUGACCAUUACGAAGGGCGAAGACACGGCAAUAGUGUUGUUUGCCAAAUCACACGAGUUCCAGCCAUGGCAUCUACAAGCAAGCGAGACGACUAUGCCAACCCUCCCUUGCCUGACGACGACUUAAUUGACCCUGAUGAUGCUGAUCUAGAUGAUUUCGACGACCCUCUUGGCAACACAUCCUCGCGCCAGCCAUUGACGGGCAAUAUUGGCUCGAGCUCCUCCUCCUCGCGACCACUGAAUGAGAACGCCUGGACGUCACGCAUACCGGGCGAAGACCGCGCUGCGCCGCAAAACACAAUCGACGAGUCGGUAUGGGACACGCUCCGCCGCGACCUCCUCGCCGUCUGGGCCAAGAUGAGGGAGGUGCUGUACCCCAAGUACCUGCUGGGCGGCACCAUGUUCGACGCCGACGGCCUGCGCGGCGCGUACGCCAACAUCCGCGGCGCCGGCAUCUCGGGCGCCCGCGAGGAGCUCACGGGCCUGGCGAGCCGCUUCAUGGACUCGGAGGCGCUGCUGUCGCAGAAUAACAUGACGCCCGGGCUACGGGACUGGGAUCUCUGGGGCCCGCUCAUCUUCUGCCUGCUCCUCAGUCUCUUGCUCAGCUUCAAUGCCAGGGCGGAUCAGAAGGAUGUCGUGUUUAGCGGUGUCUUUGCCAUGAUUUGGAUCGGAGAGGCUGUGGUGACGUUGCAGAUUAAGCUGUUGGGAGGAAGCAUCUCUUUCGCGCAAAGUGUCUGCAUCAUAGGAUACACGCUCUUCCCCUUGGUGAUUGCGGCACUCCUCUCUGCCUUUGGCAUCCCGACCGUGGUCCGAGUCCCCGUGUACCUUGUCCUCGUCGCGUGGUCUCUGGCGGCAGGCGUCAGCAUCCUGGGGGGCAGUGGUGUGGUCAAGAACCGUGUUGGAAUCGCCGUGUAUCCGCUGUUCGUCUUCUACCUCGGCCUGGGCUGCCUCUGCUUCAUCAGCUGAGCUGCGACGGACGAAGUUGCAAGUCGGAGCUAGGGGUGCUGAAGUGUUCGGGACAGUUGAGAGAGAUGUACUGUAUCUGUGGCCUUGGCGGGGGUCUAAGGCGCACACUGUAUUCUAUAUAUCCAUGUUGUGCUACUCAUCCUCGGGGUGGUGGCGGGCCAAUGAAUGAGAACGGGCAUUUGAUUUUCUGCUAUUAGUAUCGGCUGUCCGAGGACAAGAAAUGUCCUCCUGUCUCGCGACUACUCCGCGUGCGCCGCCGUACCCGAAUUGUCUUUGGCUAAAAUGUUCUAGGAGGGGAAGCAGUUCCCUGCGGAACAUGUCGUGCAAUGGAAAUGGUUACAAGUCCAAACCAUUUCACUCACUAGGUGCUUGUUAGACAA